AUGGCUAUUGUCUUAGGCUACUUUGAGAUGGCAACAACACUCUUGUUCCUCGUGGUUGUUGCCGAUUUCUUCCACAAGAACCGCGGCUUUCGCCUAGGGACUCCCAUCUAUUGGCCCAUCAUCGGAAUGCUUCCUUCCAUUAUCGAGGCCAUCUACAAUACCCACAAUGUUUUCUUUCGAGUCCAUAGUAAGGUCGGAUGCACCUUCUACUUUAGAGGUCCAUGGUUCACAAAGAUGAACAUUAUCAUCAGCGUGGAUCCUGCGGAUAUUCAUUACAUAUUGAGCACCAACAUGAAUAAUUACCCUAAAGCGCCUCUCUUCUCUAAGAUGUUUGAUUUCAUGGGAAAUGCGUGGUUCAACUGCGACGGCGAUGAGUGGAAGGCUCAGAGGAGGGUGGCUCAAGCGUUGCUUACCAACCAUCGGUUCUAUGGAUUCUUGGGGAGAAUAAGCAUGGAUAAGGUUAAGAAUGGAUUGAUACCGAUUCUCGACAACGCUGCUAAUCGUGGAACGGUGCUUGACCUACAAGACUUGUUCAAUAGGUUGAUAUUCGACACAUCUUGUAAGAUAGUCACCGGAUACGAUCCCCGCAGCCUAUCCCUCGAGCUUCCGGAGGUUCCAUUUUCGAAUGCGAUAGAUGAGGCGGAAGAGUCGGUUCUCGUACGCCACGGUCUUCCGGAUUCUUUGUGGAAACUGGCGAGGUGGCUGGGGAUUGGGUCGGAGAAGACAUUGAAACAUGCAUGGAAAGUUCUCGACGUGGAGAUCGCAAAGUACAUAUCCAUGAAGAGAGAACAAAUGGCCAAGGAGACGAACGACGACAAAAAAAUCAACGGAGAAGAAGAAGAAGAAUGCGAGGACUUUUUGUCGUCGUACUUAAACGCUAAGGGGAGCAUGUACACGGCACUAAAGAUCGACGACAGUUUCUUAAGAGACAGUAUUUUGAACUACAUGUUAGCGAGUCGUGACACGUCGAGCUCAUCCUUGAUCUGGUUCAUCUGGCUGGCAUCGACCCACCCGGAAAUCCUUCUCAAGAUCCGAGAAGAGCUCAAAUCGGCCUUACCCCCAUCGGAAGCGGAUAAGCCACACAUAUUCAAAGCCGAGGAAGUGAACAAACUCACUUAUCUUUCCGCCAGUGUGAACGAGAGCUUAAGGCUUUACCCGCCGGUUCCCCUUCAAUUGAGGCAACCGGCUAAACCAGACGUGCUUCCAAGUGGAAUACGCGCCAAUCCAAAAGACAAGAUCAUCGUGUCAUUUUACGCAAUGGCAAGGAUGAAGUUCAUAUGGGGUGAAGAUUGUUCGGAGUUCAAACCUGAGAGGUGGAUAACGGAGAAAGGAACAAUCAAACACGAACCGUCGUACAAGUACCCGGUGUUCAACGACGGGCCGAGGAAUUGCCUUGGGAAGGAGAUGGCCUUAACUCAGACAAAGAUGGUUGCCGCGACCAUACUUCAUAACUACAACGUGGACGUAGCGAAAGGUCAUGUGGUCGAAACCAAUUGCUCCAUUAUCCUUUACAUGAAGCAUGGCCUCAAGGUUAAUGUGGCCAAGAGAUGGACCUAA